UGGUGCAUUUCCAUGUGACGUAGGGACGGGAAAUGGCCACGCAAGCGAACGGAAACAUAACAUUGCAUUAGAAGUCUUUUUACUCGUCCUCGUAUCGUUUAAUUUGAGCCAUUUAAUUCCACUUUUUCCAUGACGGCUGUUUCGAACUAUCUUUGACAAGCGGAAGUUACAGAAAAACCAAGCUAUUUGGCCUGCAGUGCUAUGAAAACAUGUCGGUGGUCUCUGUGAAAGCUAACAACCAGCAGCACUUAGCAGCUAGCAAAUGGCUGUGCGGCUGUGAUGUUUGUCGCCGUGCAAAAUGACAAGAAGACGAGCAAAGCAAUGAAACUGUUAGCUAACAGCAUGUGACACACAAGCUCUCUGCUGACCAAAAAGGUUUCAAAGAUGCCUCGUCUGGAAGAGUUGGCCAACGUUGCCCUCAGGGUGCCAAGUAUACUGGUGCUGGACCUGCUGUAUAAAUGUGACAUUGAAGGACUGACGGAUCACCUGAAGGCCAAAAAUGAAGACAUGCUCUUCAAAUACAAAUAUGUGAUCUGGAACAUGUACUAUCUUGGUCAUCUGAUAAAUGUGGUGGUGUUGGUUCUGCCACUGAGACACAUUGUGACGCUUUACCUCCAUAUCCUCGCUGCCCUUCUCCUGUACAUGGGGCAUCAGAUUUCCAAAGAUUAUUUACGUGAGGAGCUGCAGUACGGGUAUGAAGGAGCAGUGUACCUUGAUUCCCUGGCCUUCAAUAGAUUUGUCUCUGCAAUGACUAGUCAGAUUAUUCUCAGCACUCUGUGUGCCUUCCUGAUGAAGACCAGAAAGGUGUGGUUGUUCUCUGCACAUAUGCUCCCCCUGCUGGCCAGACUCUGCGCUGUCCCUCAGGCCACGCUGUUAACCGUCAACACGUUCUCCAUGGGUCUGACCGGAGCGGGCAUCACCGUGUUCCUCCUCUCACAUCUCUUCCUGCCGUAUCGUCUCGCGAGGGCUGCCUACUCCGAGCUGCUGCAGCUGGAGGUGAUCGAGUUGUACAGACUUCUGGCAGUGGGAAUCUCUCUCUGGAACCAGUUUGCCGUUCCAGUGCUCUUCAGUGUCUUCUGGUUUGUUCUGUUUAUCUUCCAGCUGUGCUCAAACACCAUGUCUGGCAACGCCUCAGCUGGCCAUCAGGGAAUCAUGUUCUUCCUGCUCACAAGUGUCUCUGAAUGUUGUGCCACACCAUACUCCCUCCUUGGUCUGACCUUCGUCGUGUCCUAUCUUGCUCUUGGUCUGCUCAACCUAUGCAAGUUCUACCUGGGAGGUUAUGCAGCUGUUCAGAACGAGAACGUCAUGCACAGAGGUGUGACGGAGGGCGUCACGCUGCUCCUGCUCGCUCUCCAGACGGGCCUGUUAGACAUGCAGGCCCUGCAGCGCACCUUCCUCCUCAGCAUCAUCCUCUUCAUCGUGGUGACUUCAACCCUGCAGUCAAUGAUCGAAAUAACAGAUCCAGUUAUUCUGGCUCUGGGUGCAUCCCGCAACAGGAGUGUGUGGAAACACUUCCGUGGCCUCAGCAUGUGUCUGCUUCUGCUGGUUUUCCCAGUGUUUAUGGCUUAUAAAAUCUCCCAGUUCUUCCACAUGGAUUUCUGGCUUCUUAUACUGGUUUCUAGCUGCAUGCUGACUUCCCUUCAGGUUACAGGCACGAUGCUGAUCUACUCCCUCUUCAUGGUGGAGCUGUUUCGUAGCGACCCGAUCGAGAGCCUGGAUGAAGUGAUCUACUGGGUGAACGCCGUCAGCAGGGUGCUGGAGUUUGUGGUGGCGCUCUGCGUGGUGGCAUACGGCACCUGGGAGUCGCUGUUCGGGGAGUGGAGCUGGAUGGGCGCCUCUGUCAUUAUCAUCCACUCAUAUUUUAACGUUUGGCUCCGGGCUCAGUCUGGCUGGAGGAGCUUCCUGCUCAGACAGGAAGCAGCCAAGAAGAUCAACUCCCUCCCCAGAGCCACGACUCAACAGCUACAGCAGCACAAUGACGUCUGUUCCAUCUGCUUUCAGGAAAUGAGCUCUGCAGUAAUCACAUACUGCGGACAUUUCUUCCAUGGCAACUGCCUCCGCAAGUGGCUCUACGUGCAGGAGACUUGCCCCAUGUGUCACCAAACGGUGCAACCCACCCCGCCGGAGCAGAGCCAGGCUUCAAGCGAUGCCACGGCAGCCCCAGCUCAGAGGGACGCAGGGCCAGAUCCGCCUGCAGGAGAGCAAGAUCAGAGCCCUGACAAUGACACGUCUCAGGAGACACAGGGCGAAGCUGCGACUCCUGAUCCCACCGAGCAGCAGGAGGAGACAGAACAUUUUGGGGAUGGAAACUGUGGCACAGAAGAUAAAAACCAUCCAGCUGAACCGCACAACGAGGCUGCCCAAGGUCUUCGUUUCAGCUCCAGCGGGGACUUUGUUGGAUUUGUAAGCCCGCUGCCGAGCUGCUCUUCGGGGGACGUUUCUAGAUCCCAUGUGUUGUUGUGUAAAACUUGCUCUAACAUGCACAGCCAAGGUGAGGAGAGUGACAAGGACUCACCUCUGCCAUUGACUCCUAUUGCUGUGACUGAGAACACAGUUGAGGGCCAAUCUGACGUUAAUGGAGCAGAAUUUGAAGUUACUUUCUGUCCCUCAGAGUCACAAAACGGCGAUAGUGCACAUAGCUGUGAUGGGACACCUAAAUCGUGUAACAGCUUCGAUUCAUCAAACAGUGCUAAUAAAAAUUUUGAGGCAUCUGGACUGAGCCUUGUCAAUAGCCAAAUGUCUGUCACAUCAUAUAAUGAAAACUCAGACUCUCAGACCCAUAAGGAUAACGGCACUCAUUCAAACUUGGACCUGGAUGGGUUCAGAGAGGCUGAAACUGCCCCACAGAUCCCUCAGCUAUCCUCCCUCUCUUGCACAAGCACAGACAACAGUGACUGACUGCCCUGCAUCAGUGCCUUGAAGGGGUUUGAAAUGGUGAUGCUCCAUAUUGGGGAAUCAAGCACAUCUGCCUUCUCUCUGUGAACCAAUAGGAAAUAGGAAAUCUCUUACCGAGAUAGUGUACUGAAUGGACUUCAGUUGAGCAAAUAACAUGCGUCCAGAUUGAAUAUAGAGACAAAAUUGUGUUGGGUUAAAAUGACGCUUAUUGUACAACUGUAAAGAAAUUGUAAAAAAGAAAAAAAUAUAUAUAUAAUUCAAAGAAAUUAUGUGUGACCUUGAAACAGUUAUCUUGUGGCAAUAUUUACCAAAUUCAGCCAGAUUACAAUGAUGAACAAUAAUGAUGUUUACUUACAGAAUUAAAUGACAUUUGUUUUUAAUUUAAUUUAAUUUUUUUUCAAUGUAGUACACUUGUUUAGCAUUUCUGUGAAAGCAGUGUGGAAAAAGAAAGCUUCAGAAGUUGUCUUUUCCGUUAUUCAUGAAUCAGUCUUUUGUACUGCAAAGGUUCUCCCAGUAUUAAAUUACUGCUGUGAUACCA